AUGAUCAGCUUCACAAGAUGGACUACAGUGGAGGAGGUUGUUGAGAUUCCACCAGCUUUCCCAGAAUUCACCUACUCCCUUACUCCCAUAGAGAAGCUCCCAUCAAUUUUGGAUAACAAAGAGUACUUUACAGAUGUACUUGGCGCAGUCACAAAGAUCUCGGAUGCUUUGCCAUUACGGCCAAGAUCCCAGCAAGUUGAUACCAUGAAAAGAACUGUGACAGUAUGUGAUGAAAGUGGCGCUUCUCUGGACGUCACACUUUGGGGUGAGCGAGCCACUUCAUUUCCAGCUGAACAACUUCAUAAAGAUGGACAGCAUUCACCACAAAUUGUAAUAUUUGUUGGCACUCUUGUGAGGGGCUAUGCUGGAACCAUCUCAUUGUCUGGCGGCUCAUCAUGCAAGUGGUAUAUAAAUCCUGAUGUCCCUGAAGCAAAAAAACUUAUUGCCAGCAUGAAAAGCGUGCACCAACCAGUCGCACACGCUCCACAAGUAAAAUACAGUGAGCCCAGAACUUCCGUUGCGGAACACAAGAAAGUAUCUGAUAUCAAGUAUCUUCACCCCUUCAAGAACAAGAAAGUAGAAUGGUUGGUUACAGUAAAGAUAAUGAAAAUUGAUAAGUCAUGGUGGUAUGAGUCGUGCAAGAAAUGUUUCAGAACAACUAGGCCUCAUGGCAACACCUACAAAUGCUCUAAUCCAACAUGUAGCACCAUUGGUGCGCCUAGCCCAAGGUACAAACUGGUCAUCAUUGCUGGGGACGAGACUGGUGACACUGAGUUUGUCAUGUUUGGACGCAUAGCGCAGCGUCUCAUAAAAAAGACAGUCGAUGCUCUCAUUGCCAAUAAUCCGCCUGGAUUUAUCCCUGACGAGAUCACUAGACUAUUGGAAAAGGUUUUCACGUUCAAUAUUUGCUUCACAGAGAAUACAAUUUCUUCUGGCAAUGUCUCUUUCCAGGUCAAUACCAUUGUUGCGGAGAUUGACGAUGGAAAUCCUGUUCCACUAACGCCGGUUGGGUCACAGUCAUCGUCAGCUGUGCUCUCGCACCAUGCAGGCACCAGUGUAGAGGGCACACCAGAAAAGGACCCUGACUUCACUUUACCUUCACCAUCAGUCAAAACACAGGCUACUCAUGCAUCAAGCACCACACCUUCUAAGACCGUGAUGCCUGACACUGGGCUACCAACUACACCACGGAGCAGCACAAGAUCUGAUAAGAAUAAGGCAGUACAGGACAAGGACAGCCGCCUUCCAAGUGAGGGUCCUGUUACAGUGUCACCAAUUGUACCAACUUAUUCAACGCCUGAAGCGCAGCAAAGCACAACUAAGAAAAGAAACCGUGCAUCACUCGAGAGAAAGACUGCAAGGAAGAUUGUUUUGGAUGAUGGUGACAAGAAUGACAGUGGGGAUGAUUCCGCUGCUCCCCCUACUGGGCCUAGGCUGUGCUCCCUGGAUAAAUAUGUUGCAGAAAAGUGA